UCAGCUGUGAAAUGCAACGACAAUUUCCUCGUGCUAGAAAUUUUGGCAGCGCUUGGAAUAAAUUUUGAUUGUGCUUCUAAAGCUGAAAUAAAAAAAGUUUUGGACUUGGGAGUAAAUCCAUCUCGUAUAAUAUAUGCUAAUCCAGCAAAAAUGGCUUCACAUAUAAAAUAUGCCUUGAGCAAAUGCGUUAACCUGACAACAUUUGAUAAUAAAAUGGAACUGUAUAAAAUUAAAUCCAUACAUCCAUCCUGCAACUUGGUUAUACGGAUUUGCUGUGAUGCUACUGAAAUAGAGCGUCCCCUUGGUAUCAAAUUUGGGUGUGAUCCUUUAACAGAAGCACCAUCAUUAUUAGCAUUGGCUCAUAGUUUAGGUUUGUCUGUAGUUGGAGUAAGCUUUCAUCUUGGUUCAGGAUGCAAUGAACCAACUGCCUUUCAAAGAGCAAUUGCUGCUUCAGCAAACAUUUUCCGUCUUGCUCAAAACUUAGGUUUUAUGAAUAUGUACUUGUUAAACAUUGGUGGAGGAUUUCCAGGAAAUAAAAAUUCUUUAUUGAACAAAAUCGCUGACAUAGUGAAUGAUUCACUUAAUGAAUGGUUCCCUCCAAAUAAUGGAGUGACCAUCAUAGCAGAACCUGGUCGAUAUUUUGUGGCUUCAGCAUUUACACUCUCUACAAAAAUCCAUUCCAUUAAAAAAAGUUCAAAUGAUAAAAAUCAUAUCAUGUAUUUCAUUAACGAUGGAGUGUAUGGUUCUUUCAAUUGUAUUCUUUAUGAUCAUUCGGUUGUUGUGCCAAAAACUUUUUAUGAUUAUUCAAAAAAUCGUCCAAUUYAUGAGAGUUCCAUCUGGGGCCCUACUUAUAAUGGUUUAGAUAAAGUAGUUGAUUUUGUGAAUAUGCCACUGUUGGAUAUGGGUGAUUGGAUUACUUUUGAAGACAUGGGAGCUUAUACAAUACCUGUAGSUAGUACAUUUAAUGGAUUCUCACUUCCCAAGGUUUUUGCUAUCGCUAAUCAAAUAACUCGGAAUAAGUUGAAAAAUGUAAUGCCUAUAUCUGACGACCAUUUUACAACUGUGCCUAUUGUUGCAACUAUCAAAAUGAUUCAAUCAGAAUCCAUUGAAGAUGAUGUAUAAAAUGAAAAUAAUUUGUAA